UUAAAGAAAAUGGUAUAUUUUGACAAUUGAUAAAAUAUAUAAUUUUAUUCGCAAUAGGUUUGGCAUCAUACUAUUAAUGCUUAUAUUUUGUAUAAAAUAUAAUUUUAAAUAAUCAAUUUAAGAAAACAUAAUUCGACUACCUGGAUUUCUCUUUCAUGACUUCCGGAGUCACCAUUUUCACAAUCCACCGUUAAAACAAGGAGUCAAAAACAAAAUCAUACUUCUAUAACAUUAUCAAACUGCGUCGUGAAGUUUGUAGUCAGUAACCUAUGACCUUACAAGCACUUGUGAUCAAGUGUUAAUUUAUUCUAUAACCUUUGUAUAUCCCCUUUACAAAAUGGGAGAACGAAAAGGAACAAAUCUAUACUACCCUCCAGACUAUGAUCCUAAGGCUGGAGGGUUAAACAAAUUCCUGGGCACCCAUGCCUUGCGAGAAAGAGCCCGAAAAAUUCAUCUAGGUAUUCUUAUCAUAAGAUUUGAAAUGCCAUAUAACAUCUGGUGUGAUGGAUGCAAUAAUCACAUAGGCAUGGGUGUGCGUUAUAAUGCAGAAAAAACUAAAAUAGGAAUGUAUUACACAACUCCUAUUUACCAAUUUAAAAUGAAAUGUCAUUUAUGCGAUAAUCAUUUUGAAAUAAAGACUGAUCCCGGUAAUUUAGAUUAUGUUAUUGUUUCUGGAGCAAGACGACAAGAAAAUCGAUGGGAUCCACUGCAAAAUGAACAAGUUGUACCAGAAACUAAAGAAACUCAGAAAAGAUUGUUUGAUGACCCUAUGUUCAAAUUAGAACAUGGUGCCAGUGAUUUGAAAGCUGGUGAAGAUGCUAAACCAGUUUUAGCUAAGUUAUAUCAAAGAAAUGAAAACACAUGGAAUGAUUGUUAUGAAUCCAAUAAAAUUCUAAGAGAUUCAUUUCGUAAAAGAAAAAAGGAACUACAAUCAAUUGAAGAGAAAGAUAAUGCUUUGUUGAAAAAAGCAAGUUUAGAUAUUAAAUUAGUAGAAGAAAAUAAAGAUGAUAUAAAAUUAGCCUCUUUAUUAGCUAUGAAGCCUAACAAAGUAGAUGAGAAAACGAGGCAUAUGGAUAUUUUAAAUAAACCAGUAUUGCAAGGUUCAACUGUGAUAUCUUUUGGAGGUUUGAGGCGAGAAAAAUUAUUAAAAUCUUCUUUAAGCACAAAAUCAUUAGGCAUUUUACCAAAGAAUCAUUCAUCAGCCAGUUCAACGAUAACUUCCACAGAACAAAAAUCUGAGAAAGAAAUCAGUGCUACAAAUAUUACAUCUUCCAAGUUAUUAUGCAAUUAUUCUUCAUCUGAUUCUGAUUCAUAA